UAGGGAGAAAAUGGCAGUUCUACUCAAGACUGGAUGCUCUUCCUGAUUUGCUUGGCAGGAUGUGUGUGGCUUUUUUUCAUGGAGACUGAGAACAAACCUGGAAGGAGACAAAACAGCUAAUGGCUUCUGAUUCUAUGGUCCCAGAGCAAGCAAAGCAUCAUGCGGUAAAAGGCAGAAGGCAGCAGCCACAGGAAAGGUCACCUUUGAACAGUGAUGGUGAAGAAGAAACAUUUGUGUUUGAAGCAAAUGAAGCUUGGAAGGAUUUUCACAGCUCUCUCCUCCGUUUCUAUGAAGCUGGGGAGCUUUGCGAUGUUACGCUGAAGGUGGGUUCGAAGUUGAUCUCCUGUCACAAGCUUGUCCUGGCUUGUGUUAUUCCAUACUUCCGAGCUAUGUUCCUUUCUGAAAUGGCAGAAGCUAAACAGACAUUGAUUGAGAUCAAAGACUUUGAUGGUGAUGCAAUAGAAGAUUUGGUCAAAUUCGUCUAUUCAUCUCGACUGACUCUGACGGUAGACAAUGUCCAGCCUCUCUUAUAUGCGGCCUGCAUUCUGCAGGUAGAGGUAGUGGCCAAAGCAUGCUGUGAAUACAUGAAACUACACUUCCAUCCUUCAAAUUGCCUGGCAGUGAGAUCCUUUGCGGAGAGCCACAAUCGUAUUGACUUGAUGGAUAUGGCCGAUCGUUAUGCCUGUGAACAUUUUGCUGAAGUGGUGGAAUGUGAAGAUUUUGUGAGUGUGUCACCUCAGCACCUUCAUAAACUGUUGUCUUCCAGUGACCUGAGCAUUGAAAGUGAAAAGCAGGUUUAUGGUGCUGCUAUUAAGUGGCUUCUGGCCAAUCCACAGCAUCAUGCUACAUGGUUAGAUGAAAUUGUUGCUCAGGUGCGCCUACCACUGUUACCCAUUUGUUUUCUCAUGGGAGUAGUGGCAAAAGAAGAAAUUGUCAAACAGAACCUAAAAUGUCGGGACUUGCUGGAUGAAGCAAGAAACUACCACCUUCACUUAAGUAGUCAUACAGUGCCAGAUUUUGAGUAUUCUGUACGGACAACACCAAGGAAAUGCACAGCAGGUGUCCUUUUCUGUGUUGGUGGUCGUGGUGGAUCUGGCGACCCAUUUCGCAGCAUUGAAUGCUACUCUAUAAAUAAGAACAGCUGGUUUUUUGGCCCUGAAAUGAACAGUAGGAGGAGGCAUGUGGGUGUAAUCUCUGUGGGAGGUAAAGUUUAUGCAGUGGGUGGACAUGAUGGAAAUGAACAUCUGGGCAGCAUGGAAAUGUUUGAUCCUCUUACAAAUAAAUGGAUGAUGAAAGCAUCAAUGAAUACCAAAAGGAGAGGAAUUGCUCUGGCUUCUCUUGGAGGCCCCAUUUAUGCUAUUGGGGGACUGGAUGAUAACACUUGCUUCAGCGAUGUGGAGAGAUACGACAUUGAAUCUGAUCAGUGGAGUGCUGUAGCACCUAUGAAUACGCCCCGGGGAGGUGUUGGCUCUGUGGCUCUUGUGAAUCAUGUAUAUGCUGUUGGUGGAAAUGAUGGUGUAGCUUCUCUCUCCAGCGUGGAGAAGUAUGAUCCUCAUCUAGAUAAAUGGAUAGAAGUGAAAGAAAUGGGUCAGCGAAGAGCUGGCAAUGGGGUUAGUGAACUCCAUGGCUGCCUAUAUGUGGUAGGUGGCUUUGAUGACAAUUCUCCGCUGAGCUCUGUUGAACGAUUUGACCCUCGCAGCAACAAGUGGGAAUAUGUAGCGGAGCUUACGACUCCUCGGGGUGGUGUUGGCAUAGCAACAUUAAUGGGCAAAAUCUUUGCUGUUGGAGGGCAUAAUGGAAAUGCUUACCUGAAUACAGUGGAAGCCUUUGAUCCUGUGGUGAACAGGUGGGAGCUUGUUGGUUCCGUGUCUCACUGCAGAGCUGGAGCUGGUGUAGCUGUGUGUGCCUGCCUUGGCAGCCAGAUCCGCGAUGUGGGUCAAGGGUCCAGCAAUGUGGUGGAUUGCAUGUAAAUUUGAAGACUUUGUGAAAUGCCACAAUACUUUACAACCUUUGUGCAAAGACUUUUUGAUUUUUAAAGCAGUAUGUGUAGAUACUCAAAAGGUUUUUUUUAUUUAUAGAACUUGUUCAUGUUCAUACCUAGCAGCAAACCAUGGUUUAGCAUUACAUGCAUGAGCUGAAUCAAGUUCAGUGCACCCUUGGCCUUCUUUUCCUUCCUCUCUCCUUGGUCUUGGGCAAUGUUUAGUUUCACAUUCCCUGAAUCUCAGCCUUUCUUCUCAUCUGUACCAGGGAUCCUGAUUUCUCUCAAAUCCUGGUUAAACAACCCACCUUCAUAAUCCAUACCUUGAAUCUGCUUAUCUUGAAAUUCACCAGAGUUUGUGAUAAACCAAUGCUUUGGAAAACAGGACCAGUUGAGAUGCAAGGAAAGUCCUCCUUCUGGCCACAAGGCUUUGCCAGGGGUCAUUCUAGCUCAUGCAUGUAGCACUAAGCUGGCAAAUAUGGCCUCACCAGUUGUUUAGUGCCUUUCCAGAUGUUUGACUACAACUCUCAUCAUUCUUGACCGUUGUCCAUUCUGCUGACGCCGAUGGGUGUUUGGGUCCAACACUUGGAAGGAAACAGGUUAGUCUGGCUUUGAACACAUCCCCCAGAGUUUUCAUAGUAACAGAGAUGUGGGGACUUCAUUUUAAGCAUCUUAUAACUGCCAAAGAUGUUGGAGAACCUUUCAUCUGUAUAUUUCAAAUGACUGGGAUUUGUCCUCAGAAGUUGGUACAGUUACAAUUAUCACAGUUAUCUAAAGAAUCCUUUAAGACUUGUAUGCAUUCUGUUUAAAAACUCUUGACUUUAUGUGUAAAUGUGUUCUACAGUUGUAACACUAUGCAGACCCAUAUACGCCCGGAAAACUCCAGACUCCUGAAAAGCGUUAAUUAGGAAAUUGACUUGAACAACACUUGGGAGAUUCUGGUGUUCUGAUAUCUUGGUUUUC